CUUGCGUCCUGCACGCCACGUUCCGAUACCAGAUAAAAGAGUGUGUUCGGGGGUCUUUUUUUCUCUUUUUUUUUUUUGGCGUGUCGCCGAAGUGACGCGUGGCCGGAGAAGGAGUAGCGGACGACGGCGGUGCCACGUAGCUAGCCGGCUAAACGAGGUGCCGUCCACAGCUGUCACAUUUCUCCACGGUCUUCCAGUGUGAAGGGGGGCGAGAGCGGCCGAGAUGAGCCGGACGUGCAAGAACUGCGGCAGUUCCGACGUGGACGUGGACCAUGCGCGCGGAGAUGCCGUCUGCAUGGUCUGCGGGUCGGUGCUGGAGGACAACAUCAUCGUCUCCGAGGUGGAGUUUGUCGAGUCGGGAGGAGGAGGCUCGCUCGCCGUCGGGCAGUUUGUCUCCUCGGAAGGCGGUGCCAAGCUUCCGUCGUUUGGAGACGGUCAUCUGGCCCACGCGGGAAGCGAAUCACGAGCGCAGACGCUGCACAGAGCCAAGCAGCACAUCGGCGUCCUGGGCCACCAGCUUCAGUUGAACCAACAUUGCCUGGACACGGCCUUCAACUUCUACAAGAUGGCGCUGGCCAAGCACUUGACGUGCGGCCGCAAGGCGGCUCACCUCAUGGCCGCCUGCAUCUACCUGGUGUGUCGCACCGAGGGCACGCCGCACAUGUUGUUGGACCUCAGCGACAUCGUUCAGGUGAACGUGUACACUUUGGGGAAAACCUUCCUGGCGCUCUCCAGAGAUCUUUGCAUCAAGCCACCCGCAAUAGACCCGUGCCUUUACAUCCCGCGCUUCGCCCAGCUGCUGGAAUUCGGCGACAAGAACCACGACGUGUCCAUGACGGCGUUGAGGCUGGUGCAGAGAAUGAAGAGGGACUGGAUGCACACCGGACGAAGGCCCUCCGGACUCUGCGGGGCCGCGCUCCUGGUCGCCGCUCGCCUGCACGACUUUCGCCGCACCACCAAAGAAAUCAUCGAUGUGGUCAAAGUGUGUGACAGCACGCUGAGAAAAAGACUGGUGGAGUUUUCGGACACGCCCGCCAGCCUGCUGACGGUGGAGGAGUUCAUGAAGGUGGACUUGGACCAAGAGUGCGAUCCUCCCUGCUUCACAGCCGGACUGCGUAAGAAGAAAGCACAGCAGAUUGAGGCGGAGCUGAAGAAGAAGAUGGAUGACAUUGAAGGUGAGAUCGAAAGCUACCAGGACCAAAUCGACUCUCAGCUGGAAAGCAGCCGACCCUGCCUGCGAGGAGUUUACGCCGCGUACGCCAAACAAGACUUGCAGAAGCACGUGAACGAGGCCCUGGGCGCGUCUCCCGAGGCGGAGGAAGAGGACGAAAAGGAAACGGAGGAGGAAGAUGACGUUGUGAAGGCGGUGGCCAAACACUUCGGCAAAGAUCUCGCCGAGCUGACCCUGGAGAAGCUCAUCGAGCUGGAGCAGAUCGGAGACGGCGCUGACGACUUGGAGCGGGAGCUGCGGGGGCCCGCGAGGAAAGGACCCACGCUGGCGUCCAUCUUGGGGGCCAGCCUGCCCACCGCCGCUACGCUGGGCCUCCGCAACUCCGAAGGAAGCCGCGCCAAAGGGGAACAAGGUGACGAAAAUUCUGCGGAAGGUGGCGAACUGGACCUGAGCGGCAUCGAUGAUAGCGAGAUCGAGCUGUAUCUGCUGAGUGAAAACGAGAUCAAGGUCAAGACGGCUCUCUGGAUGGCGGAAAACUCUGACUACCUCAAAGAGCAAAAAGAAAAGGAGGCCAAGAUAGCCAUGGAAAAGGAGUUGGGCAUUUACAAGGAAAAGAAGAAGCGAGCGACGCCGAAGCGCCGGGCGGACAUUCGAGCAGACACGGCCGACGAGGCCAUCGGCAAGAUGCUGGAGCAAAAGAAAAUCUCCACCAAGAUCAACUACGACGUGCUCAAGGACCUCAACCUCAAGCCCGCAGCCAGCCCCGCCCACAAGGCCCAGUCCCCCCGAGGAUCCGCCACCACCAGGCAGAGCGGACGCUACCAAAGGCCGGGAAGGGGGUCACUCAACCUUAGUACGCCGCUCAGCUCCCUGGGGAAAAGGUUGCAGCCGUUUGUGACCGGGCAGCCCAACAAGAAGAUGGCCGUGCAGCAGCCCUCCUCGGAAGCCCCCGUAGCCGCGGCGGCCCCCCCAGCCCCGCUGGUGGAGAGCGGCCCGGUGGUCUACGACGACGCGGUGGCCGAGGAAGACGAGGACGAGGAAGAGGAAACCUGCGUGAGCGCCAUGGCGCUGAUCGGCGCUCAAGAUUAUGGCUGUGACGAUUACGAUGAUGGCUUCUAGCAGCGGCUCGUCGUUUCCUCCUCUGAUGCGGCGCCACUUUGCACACUUGAAGGGUUCGCUAGCCGGGACACAAGAUGGCGGGCGCCCAGCAGAACGGACAAACCUUGAGCAAUGAAGACGACGGCGACGGCGGCACAGACGGCAUGUGAAGCCUCUGUGACGACAGGUGGAAACGCUUCACGAGCGCUGACGAAAAAGCUGCAAAUGCCGCCACUUCCUGUUUGAACAGGAAGUGGCUUUAGAACCAUAGCGGACGAGCCAAAUUUUUCGUUCCUACGCGGAAACCGUGAAGCCGCAUGAGCUCCUGAAGCUCAUUUGUUUACAAACUUGAGUUGAGUUCACUUUCAUUUUAUUUAUUAGCAUGUUCGCUAGCAAGAUGUUAGCUUCUGCUGCAAAAGUGCCCUUCUUUCAAAGAAUAAUAUUAUGAGGAAAAUGCGAUUUGGAUUUGAAUUUGGUUAAAAAUGUUGGGGGAGGAGUUUUUUGUUGUUUUUUUUUUCCUGGACAUUUUCA